CCGUAGCUUUCUGACGUUCUUCAUUUGGACUGUUGGUUCUGUUACCUGCUGUUCAGUGUUGUAUCUCCUCUUGUCUGCAGGGAUGCCUGAAAGUCAAAGGAAAAGCAGCGAAAGCCACAGCGGCAGCAGUAGCAGUUCCAGCACUGGCAGUUCCGUUGCUUGCUUUGGACAGUAUCAAUAUACAGCAAAUGAAUACCAGGCUAUCCAGGAUGCUCUGCGUCAGAAACUGGGUCCAGAAUAUAUCAGCAGUCGACAAGCUGGAGGAGGACAGAAGGUCUGCUACAUUGAGGGUCACAAGGUGAUCAGUCUGGCCAAUGAAAUGUUUGGCUUCAAUGGCUGGGCUCAUUCUGUCACUCAGCAGAAUGUCGAUUUUGUUGAUCUCAACAAUGGCAGGUUCUACGUGGGGGUCUGUGCAUUUGUGAAAGUUCAGCUUAAGGAUGGGUCAUACCACGAAGAUGUGGGGUAUGGAGUGAGUGAAGGUCUAAAAUCUAAGGCCUUGUCCUUAGAAAAGGCAAGGAAGGAGGCAGUAACAGAUGGACUGAAGAGGGCGCUCAAGUGCUUUGGGAAUGCUCUUGGGAACUGCAUCCUAGACAAAGACUACCUACGAGCUGUGAAUAAGCUUCCACGCCAGAUGCCAGCUGAGUUGGAUUUGGUCAAGGCUAAAAGACAGGACUACGAGCCUGAAAUAGAGAGAGCAAGAUACAAUAGCUGUUUGGAAAGGCAGAGCACAGGAUGGAGACAACAGGAUGAGACAGCAUCUUCUUGUAAACCUGGUCAGAUGGAGGCAUCCACAGGUGCUGAAGAUCAAAAGCAGCCAAGUUGUUCCAGAACUACAGACGCCCCAGCUGUGGAGUGUGAUGCUACUUACCAGCGGAAAUUGCGACAAAAGCAGCUGCAGCAGCAGUUCCGGGAACAGAUGGAGAAAAAGCAGCAGGUUCUCUUAGUUCCAGACAGCAAACAGGCAACAUCCGAUCCUCCUGUAAAGCACAGCACUCCAACAACAGCACCACAGGAACUAGCAAUAGAAGAAGAAUUCUUCGCAGAUGACCCCGAACUUUGGGAUAUUUCCUUGGAGAGCGCUGACCUGAAGACAGUGGGCCACAAAAUGGCAGGCCAGUCAGCUGGAUGCCAGGCUCCCGAAACGCCCCUCGGGCAUCACCACAUGACUACACGUAACAGGACGCCUCAGAGAGCCAAUUAUCACAGGGCUGCCGCAAGGCUCGCCCAACUGCAGCCAUCUACUAACCUCGUGAGCCGGAGCCACUGUGCCAGCUGGCCUGAUUUAGAGUUCCUGGUGCACCCCCUUUUCCUCUCUCCCGAGAGAAGAACAGCAGCGGACGAGAAGCCGGACUGUGGGCAGGGGGGUGCGAGGGCGGCUUUCCCAGACCCAAAGGAAGCAGAGAGCUCCUGCAAGGUAGCACCUCCCUCCGUUUCAAACCGGGACACCUGCCCCGUUUUUGACCCCAGAUUUAAGCACAUUUCACUGCUCUUCGGUAACUUCACAAGCGUCAGCCACGCCAGCACCCGUACUACUACGCCUCACGUUAUCCUCCGCCUUCUUCCCUUACACAUUUAG